CAGCGUUCAAAUGAAAAAUAUGAGCUGAAGUGAAAAAAAUUAAGCUACUGGUAUGGUUUCGAUUGGCAACAGAAAUAUUUGAAUGACAGAACGGUACAUGAGAGUUCAAAAACCAAAAUACAUGAGUCAAUGGAAAUAUAAAGUUGGAAUCAACAAUACCUAAUAAUGUUCAAUAUGUUUCAUAGCAGUGAUCUACGAUUUUCUUCAAUUUCAGUUUGUCGAAAUAUUUCGGGUGGUGCGGUCCUGAUAGUGGAUUUAACUUGGACUGGUAAUGAAUUGGCAAGAGCAUUAUCGAGAGAUAAAGGACUAUUCUACGUGCGAAUCGACCUCUCAAUUAGCCCAUUUCUUGAUAUCCUUAGAAAAUAUAUGGAAAUGAGGAAUGCCACUGAUGUGACUAUCAUAUUGGGAGAUUCAACAUACACUGACCAAACACUUUAUCAUCUGAUGAAUAAUGGAGAGUUACUUUUGUCAGUAACAGAAACAUUGGAUGCUUCUGCUAUGAAAAAAUUGAAGAAAUUUCGUCCAAUACCCAGUACUUUCGCUAUAAUUGCCAAUUCAAAGGAUAUGCAGAAACUACUGAAAGUGGCACUGAGAGAAAACUUGGUAACCUUACCGGAGAGGUGGAACUUACUGUUUCUGGAUUUCCAAUACAAAUUAUUUGACGCCUCUCUCAUAACAAACAGACCUAUGAAUUUAUUAACACUGGAUACCGAACUUUGCUGUCAAUUAUUGAAUCUCAACAGUGAUUGUGAUUGUCCCAAUAACUUCAACGUUCUGAAAGAACUACUACGAAUAUCGAUGAACCUUUUGGUUGUUACUCUCAAAAAAUUCAUGAAAGAAGACUUCCCAUUCAAUAAUGACAUCCAGUCUGAUUUUAACACAACGAAAUAUGAUGAAGAUAACUUUAAACGUUUUGAAAUGAUUCUGGACAACGUUGUUGGCAAAUUAAAGACAAUUCGACUGGACAAUUUUACACUACGGUUGCAAACUAGAGGAAAAAUAGAAAUUGCUACCAGUACGUCUACCAAAGUUAUUGCACAGUACGAAAAUGAAGCCAUUAGACUUCCGGAACAUGAAACCAUGACACCAAUCAAAGCAUUCUACAGAAUAGGUAUAACUCAUGCAUUGCCGUGGUCGUAUAAAAUGAAACAUCCAGAUACAGGAGAAUGGGUUUGGACAGGGUAUUGUGUGGAUUUCGCAGAAAAACUUGCUAAGAAGAUGAACUUUGAGUAUGAAUUCAUCGAACCAACCAAAGGAACUUUCGGUAAAAAAGAAAAUGGUAUUUGGGAUGGCGUUGUGGGUGACCUAGCAUCAGGACAAACUGAUUUGGCAAUUACUGCAAUUAUCAUGACUGCUGAUAGAGAAGAAGUUGUUGAUUUUGUCGCACCUUAUUUUGAACAAUCUGGAAUAACGAUUGUUAUGCGGAAACCGGUGAAGAAAACUUCUCUCUUUAAAUUCAUGACUGUACUGAAAUUGGAAGUAUGGUUGAGUAUUGUAGCUGCUUUGAUUGUCACUGGAUUUAUGGUAUGGUUUCUUGACAAAUAUUCACCUUAUAGUGCUCGAAACAAUAAAAAGGCUUAUUUGUAUCCAUGCAGGCAAUUCACAUUGAAAGAGAGUUUCUGGUUUGCAUUGACUUCAUUCACACCCCAAGGAGGGGGUGAAGCGCCCAAAGCACUUUCUGGUAGAACUCUAGUCGCAGCAUACUGGUUAUUCGUUGUGCUCAUGCUCGCAACAUUCACAGCAAAUUUGGCUGCUUUUCUAACAGUAGAGCGAAUGCAGGCACCUGUACAAUCUCUUGAACAGUUAGCUAGGCAAUCAAGAAUAAAUUAUACCGUGGUCAAAAAUUCUGAUACUCAUAAAUAUUUCAUCAAUAUGAAGUAUGCCGAAGACACACUUUACAGGAAAGUAUAUAAAUAUAACUCCUAG